UUAUGUGUAUUUCGGGUAGUAGUCUUAUUUACAUUUGCAAAUGUAAACCCGAAUGCAACCCUAAGGUUUGCUUUUCCCUCGCUUUUUUCGUACCGCAUUUUAUGUCAAUUUGACAUUUCAACACAAUUCUUUGACAUUACCACGUGAAGUGAAAUAGCCGACAAAAUUUGCGUAGAUAUCAAAGAAUUUCAUCACAAAAUUUAAUCAUAGAGUUUAUAAAGUCUUUUACCAUUGACAACUUCAUUAUUAGUGAGUCAACCUCAAAUCCGUAAAGUAACAGUUCAAGUGAAAAAGAGUGAAAUUAAGUAGCAAAUAAACAAAAAUGGCAUUACGCGUGCAAUUUGAGAACAACGAUGACAUCGGCGUUUUCAGCAAAUUGACAAACGCAUAUUGCCUAGUAGCCAUAGGCGGCUCAGAGGCUUUUUACAGUGUGUACGAAUCUGAAUUGGCGGAGACUAUACCAGUAGUGCAUGCUAGCAUUGGCGGUUGCCGUAUUCUUGGACGCCUCACAGUCGGUAACCGUAAUGGUUUACUUGUGCCACAUUCUACUACAGAUGUUGAACUACAACAUUUGCGCAACACAUUACCCGAUACGGUGAAAAUACAGCGUGUGGAAGAACGUCUAUCGGCAUUGGGAAAUGUAAUCGCCUGCAAUGACUAUGUUGCGCUGGUGCAUCCCGAUCUUGACAAAGAAACUGAAGAAAUUAUCGGUGAUGUACUAAAAGUGGAAGUAUUCAGGCAAACGAUAGCCGAAAACCCGCUCGUUGGUUCGUACGCAGUGCUGAGUAAUCAGGGUGGCAUGGUACAUCCCAAAACCAGUAUACAAGAUCAAGAUGAAUUAUCAUCGCUUUUGCAAGUGCCAUUAGUGGCGGGCACAGUAAAUCGUGGCAGUGAUGUGUUGGCCGCCGGCAUGGUUGUAAACGAUUGGAUAUCAUUUGUGGGAAUGAGUUCAACUGCCACAGAAAUGUCUGUGAUCGAAAGUGUGUUCAAAUUAAAUCAAGCACAGCCAAGCACCGUCACCACCAAAUUGCGUGCCGCACUUAUUGAGGAGAUGUCUUAAAUGCUGUAUGCUGGAAAUCUUCUAUGAAGUUUGGCCGCAAUAAUAUUGAUUAUAAAAACUUUUUGUAAUACAAUUAUUUACGAAAUAAAUUUAUUGUUAGCGAAUAAUAUUAAAUUUAAGUUUUUUUCUAAUAAAAUGUUGAAAAACAAUGGUAAAGUUUA